CAUACUAUGCACGAUGGCCACGCCCAGUAGUGGCGUUCAGGUGAGUUGUCGCUUCAGAACUUGCACAGACGUCGACGCCCAGGCAGGAGCAGUCGCGUGCGUCGAGUUUCCCGACCCAUAUACGGUGCUGCUGUCCCAAGCCAAAGGACACCAUACCACAAGACAUUCGUCGUUCGCGCGAGUGUUUUCCGGCGAAUCGACACAGGACCAAGUGUAUGAGCACGUGGGGGCCCCCGUCGUGGACGAGCUCUUGCAAGGGUACAACUAUACGAUCUUGGCGUAUGGGCAAACUGGCAGCGGCAAAACGCACACAAUUCUAGGCUCCAAGGCCGAUCCGGGCAUAUUACCCCGCCUAGUCGAACGUAUGUUUGAUGCGACGGCAGUGUUGGCUCGAGACGAAGCCAUUGUUGUGAGCACUAGCUGCUUUGAAGUGUACCAGGAACGAAUUGGCGACUUGUUGACCCCCUCGAACGUUAGUUUGCGGGUUCGCGAAGACAACGAUAAAGGCAUUUGGGUCGAAGGGGCGACGGACAUGGUCGUGCGUACGACGGCAGCGGCAAUGAAAGCCAUCCACCGGGGCAUUUCGAAUCGAUCGACGGGGAGCCACCUCAUGAACGCCGCGUCGAGCCGCAGCCAUUGCAUCUUUGUCUUGACAAUUACCCGACCGACGGCGUCGGGGCUUAAACAAACCGGCAAGUUGUUUGUCGUCGACUUGGCCGGGUCUGAAGUCGUGCGCAAGACGGCAGCCACGGGGAAGCGCUUGGACGAAGCCAAGUACAUCAACAAGUCGUUGACAGCGCUGGGGUUGGUGAUCAAUGCGCUCACCGACGGCAAAUCCAAGCACAUUCCGUAUCGCGACAGCAAACUCACACGAUUAUUACAAAAUUCCCUCGGUGGAAAUGCCAAAACGCAUUUGGUCCUCACGUGUUCUAGCAGCAGCGACAACCUUGAAGAAACGCUGUCGACCAUUCGCUUUGGAUCCCGCGCCCAACACAUUCAAAAUGCACCGCAUGUGAAUGCCGAAAAGAGCACGUCCGACUACAAGCAACUUGUGGCCGACAUGGAGCGUAAAGUGGAGGCGUUGUCGAAGUACAUUGCCCAGCUCACGACGUCCCCCGCAACCCCAACGAUCUGCGACAGGUGUCAACAGUGCCUCCACCUAACCCACCAGGAGAUGUCAAUCGCCCCGAUACCACCAUUAAUGACACAAGACGACGACGCCCCUUCGGCCUGUGCAAAGUGCCAUUCCACCAGUGCCCGCUUGAUUCUAUGCGAUGGAAACUGCGGCCUCUAUUGGCAUCGGGCAUGUGUGGUUGGGCAUGACGACGAGGAUAACGAUGCGAUUAACCACCUCGAAUUCUACUGUCCAUCAUGUCAACUUGGUUUGGUCACGGGGGACCAUUCAUCGGUGCAAGUCGAAAUCACGAGGUUGAAGCAAUCUUUGCACUUGAUGAAACAAGAGCGGGACGACGCCGCGCAACGCGCCACUGUGGACAAGCACUUGUUUGACUUUGCCGACCAGAAAAAGAGCGACAUCCACCGCCAGCUCGAGAGUACGAUCGCGAGCCAGGACCAGCGCAUCCAAGGCCUGCUGCAGCAACAGGAACUCUGGCAGCGCCAAGUCCAAGACGCGAACCAGCGAUGCCAAGCAACACAACACGAAUUGGCUGCCGUGCAACGGUCGAAUCAGCUCGCGACCGACCAGAACCAAGCUGAACUGGACAUUGUCCGGCGGGCACUCGAGUCGUACGAGCGCGAUCAUCAACAGCUCCAAGGUCAAGUCCAUGACCUGCAAAAACGGCUGGCAGCCUCCGACGCGAGGUCCCAGGAACACCUAGACCAACUCGAGGAAUGCCGCGCUAUCCUCGCCCGCAAAGACGAAGACCCCAGUCGCCUCCACCGCGGUGUCAGUCACUCGCAGUCGUUCCCCAUGCUCGUAAAACCGGCGCUGUCCCCUCCCAAACUGCCCUUGCGUCCUGUCACAGUCUUUGGCUGCAGUAGCAGCAUCGACGACCCGCGCCUGCAGCUUCAAUCCCGAGGCAACAUUCAGCAAUGGUGGUCCGGUCCUCAAGAUGUUUCCGUUGUGGCUACGCCUGUUUGUACCAAAGUACCGCACGACGAACAACUGGUACAUCACAACAAUUUGGCCGAAGACGUUGUUCCGUCAGGCGACACCAAGACGCCGUUCAAAGCAAGGUUGGUCGGGCUGUUGGCGUCGCUGCAAGAAGAAACCGAUGCGUUCAAGGACCUAGGGGACAAGAUCAACCAGGAACACACGAGGCAAAAGACAAGGCAGAAGACCCGACGCACAAGGCGGCUUCUACCCGACUUGCAAACAUCUGAUGAAUUCAGCGACUCUGUCACAGGACCACAACGAUGAUUCUAUCCGUCUCAACCACCACCCAUGAUAAUAUUAUGGUGGAUGCUUCGUAAAGAAGUCAUAACGAAAUUAUCUACAAAAGGCAAACUAAAUUAACACAACUAUAAUGCUACUUGGUGGAUGGAUUUCCGCCGGACUAUGCUGGGCGGUCGCAAGUCGGUUGACUUGCCGUUGCCUGGCACCGUUUCCAGCACCGACACUUUGCCGCUCAACGUCCGCUUCUUGAGCUCUUCCCGAGCCGACACGACUCUGUAUUUGUGGUUCGGGCCAGUCGUGUAGCGCAAGUAGAGGCGGCCGACGUGGGGAAUUUUUCCCUGCACCCAACUCAGGGGCAAUUCCCACCCAAACAGGUUGUUGUACGUUUCGUCGACCCAGUUUUCCCCGGGUUCAAUGUCCCCCAACUGCGCCAAAAUCAGCGCCAUUUGGUGAUCUUCCCACACUGUCAAGUUGAGCGUAUAGUCCUAUCGAACAACAUACAAUCAUGUAUCUCUGUGAACGCUUUUCGUUGUAAUCAAGCAAUGUUGGGAGGAUGUGACCCCUAGCCAAUGCCGCACCAUCUCAGCGUACGCGGGGUUCCAGAUAUUUAGCCAUCCCACUCGAUGCACCAGCGACGUCACUUCGCUUGGCGCCCACGACGCCCGCACUCGCGUAAACAAGUCCCCGAGGUCCAACACAUGGUUGAGCAUCGUCACGACGCAGUCCACCCGACCUUGGUCCACGUCCCGAAAGCACUCGGCAAGCUCCAAGACUUGUGUGGCUGUGACGCCGACAUGGCCCAGUCCAAACAUUCGCUUCAUCUCUUCACACAUACAUAUAUACACAUACACCCCAUAAACGUCAUUACUACGUCCAACCAACUAAAC